AUGUCGUCCAAACUCAUUCCACCCAACCCCGACGAGGUGAUGGUCAUCCGUGAUAUCACCCCCAACGUCGUGACCUUUUCGGUGCCCUUCCUCCGCUUCGGCCGCAUCCCCAUUGGCGGGCGCGGCACACUCAUCCGCCUCACCUCGGGCGCCCUCGCCGUCUUCUCCCCCGUCGCGCACACCGCCGCCGCCGCCGCCAAGGUGGCCUCCCUCGGCGGCGAUGUCCGCUACCUCAUCGCCACCGACAUCGAGCAUCACAUCUUCCUCUCCGAAUGGGCGGCCGCCUAUCCCAACGCCAAGCUCGUCGGACCCGAGGGCCUACCGGAAAAACGGCAGGCGACGGAAGGGGAUCCGCGGAUUGGGAAGGAGGAAUUCGCGGUGGUGGUGGGGAAGGGGAAUGAUGGGCGGGAUGCGAGGGUGAUCGGGGAGGAUUUCGGGCGGGAUUUCGAGAUGGAGUAUUUCAGGGGGCAUCCGAAUCGGGAGGUGGUGUUUUGGUAUCGGCCGGAAAAGGUGGUGGUGCAGGCGGAUUUGGUGUUUAAUCUGCCGGCGACGGAGCAGUAUUCGAGGGUGCCCGAGAAGGAGAGGCCGAAGCUGGGGGUGCUGGGGAAGGUGUUUAGUAGUUUCCAGACGACGGCUGGGGAUGCGUUGGGGAUGAAGAGGUUUCUGUGGUGUCAGAAACUUGUCCGCCUCGUCCUGCCAAAACUGGUUCAUUGGAGCGGUGUUACAGGUCGAAGCAUACUCUCAGUACGGCGGCAUCCACCCGGCAUUUUCCCAGUCAAUAAUCCCCACGAAUCUGUCGUCGCGAACGAUGAUGUUAAAGCUGCUCAAGUCGCCGUGCGUGAAGACAGGCGUGGGCCACGGCUCAUCGUGGAAAGCACAGAGUUCAGCGAGGCCGGGGAUAGAGCGGUCGUCCAGUUGGCUGGCCUCGACUCCGUUUCGUAA